GCCUAUGGGCAAACUAACAGUGGAAAGACCUAUACAAUGAGAGGAUCUGCUAAUGAACCUGGAAUUAUACCGCUUGCGGUUCACGAUUUAUUUCGAAGUAUACAAGAGCAUAUGGACAGAGAAUUUCUUGUUCGCAUGUCUUAUAUGGAGAUUUAUAAUGAAGAGAUAAAUGACCUUCUUGUCCCAGAACACCGAAAAUUGCAGAUUCAUGAGAACUACGAGAGAGGCAUAUAUGUUGCUGGUUUAAGAGAGGAAAUUGUAACCUAUCCUGAACAAGUCUUGGAUUUUGUAUCGUUCGGAGAAUCCCACCGUCAUAUUGGGGAGACAAACAUGAACGUCUAUAGCAGCCGUUCUCAUACCAUAUUUCGCAUGGUUAUUGAGAGUCGGGAAAAAGCUGAUGAAACUGAGGCAGGAGAUUCUUGUGAUGCUGUUCGAGUAUCUGUCCUGAAUCUGGUAGACUUAGCUGGUUCAGAACGUGCUGCAAAGACUGGUGCAGAGGGUGUGAGACUCAAGGAGGGUUCCCACAUUAACAAAAGUCUAAUGACUCUUGGUACGGUAAUCAAGAAAUUAAGUGAAGGUGUAAAGGGUCAGGGGGGGCAUGUUCCUUACCGAGAUAGUAAGUUGACAAGGAUACUGCAACCGGCUCUAGGUGGAAAUGCUAACACAGCCAUCAUUUGUAAUAUAACACUUGCGCAGAUCCAUGCAGAUGAGACUAAAAGCAGCUUACAAUUUGCCAGUAGGGCAUUACGUGUUACAAAUUGUGCAGAAGUGAAUGAGAUUUUGACGGAUGCUGCUCUUUUAAAACGCCAAAGAAAAGAAAUAGAGGAACUUAGAGCAAAGCUUAAGAACUCUCAAAGUGAGCACUGGGAUGAAGACGUUUUGAAUUUGAGGAACACACUGCUACAGAGCGAACUAGAAAAGGAGAGAAUUGCUUUAGAGUUGGAGGAGGAAAGGAAAGCUAAAGAGCAUCGCGAGAAGAGGUUGUUGCAGCAAGCAAAAAAAAUUGAAAAUCUUAGUUCGUUGGUCUUAAAUUCAGACAGAGAUGACAGGGUUGUUGUUUCUAGUAAGAACAAAAGAAGACAAACAUGGUGUGCUCGACCCCUGUCUAGGCAGUUAGAUGUUGAGGUUCCAGAACUCGAACAAGGCUCUGCAAGAAGCUGCGGCGAGCGUGACAUGGGGAUGCCCCCAUCCUUUGAAGAGCUAAUGCAAGAAAGCCCCGCCAGCUACAGCGAGCCUGCUCAUGGUUGUUCAUCAAGUGAUUUAUGGAAUGAAGAUAUUUCUCUACCUGAUUCACAUGCUUUGUUGAAUGUUACAAGCAGAAGAAAGCCAAGCACAAAGAAGAAAUUAGUUCAAGAGCAACUUAGAUCGUUAGUACCUGAAUCACCCCAAGACCCUAAUGAGUGGAAAGAUGCCAUGCUAUGCCAGGAAAUCACCAACCCUAAUGGCUUAUCUGCUCGGGAGUCGGAGGCCAUUCUUGUCAUUAAACAACUUCAAGACCAGGUCAACUUGCUGGAGUCAGAGAAGAGUUUGAUUCAAAAUAACUUGGAUGAUGUUCUCGAGUUGGCAACUCAGCAGAAGGCUUCUUUCAGUGAGAAGUAUGAAGAGCUUCAGCGGAAUGCCCUGGUGGCACAAGAGCAAGCAAAAACUGCUGAUGAGAAGCUAUCAGCUCUGGCUACCAUUGAAAAAUCCAAACAAGAACUAGCAUAUUCAUUUCUCAGCAAAGUGUCAAUGGAGACUCAAGGAAUAGCUGUGCAGAUGGAUCAAAUGACCCACUCAGUAGACGGUGCUAUUUCUUUCAUUGAAGAACUCUUUCAGAAUCACUCUGUGAUUGCAGAGAACGUAACUGAAUUAAAGGAGCUUGCUUAUGGACACAUAACACAAUCCAGUUAUGUGAUUAGGGAUCAUGAGAAAAUGUCAAAAAAAUUGAUGGAGAAAAUCGGAAGACUUGAAUUGGAGAAGAAGCUGUUAAAUGAACAGUUCCUAGAUCAACAGGAUGAGCUUCAGAGGACGAAGUCUAGUCUAGAAAGCUGUGAGAAGUCCAUGGAUGAUUGUAUUCUUCAAAAUGAUAUGGAGAAGGAUAGCAUUCUCUCAGAGCUUCUAACUCUCCGAAAGGAAGUCUCAACCUUGUCAUCAUCUUCUUUGAUGAAAGAAAAGGAGUCCAUCCGAAAGGAACUUGACAGAGCGAAAAUAAAGUUACGAGAGACUGAAAACAAGCUGAAGAACUAUAUUCAAGAAAAAAUAAAACUUGAGGGUGAAAAAGCAGAGGCACACAAAGAAAUAAAGAAGUUGCAAAACCAGAGGACUCUUCUUGAACGCGAUUUACGGAAACAUGAUUCACUCACUGUUGAUAAAAGGCAUGAACUGAAUGUGAAGCCUGAAGAACUUGCUGGAUUUUUUGAUCAAGCUGCGCAGAUGCAGGAGGAGUACCAAAGGCUUGAGAUUCAUGCUUCUGAUAUGGAGGCUGAAAUUGCUUCUUUGCAAGAAACUUUAAUUACUUCUAGUGUAGAAAAGGAGGAAGCUCUAUCUAAAGUAGAGCUUAUGAUGUUGGAACAUGAAAACCUGGAAAAUAGGUUUACUUCCACCGAAUCAAAAAUGAAUUCCUUGAGCGACGAAAUUGCUGUCUUGAACAAAAAGCUAGAUGCAUCUGAGUCUUCUCGUAGAAAACUGGAGGCUUCUCUCAGUUCUCUGUCAGGAGAAAAGGAAGAUUUGGGAAUGCAACUUACUGAUGUUCUUCUGGAAAUGGAGUCUGAAAGAUCAAUGUGGAUAUCCAAGGAGAAAGCUUAUCUAGAAGCUAAGCAGCAAUUGGAUAUAUGCAAUGAUGAGAAUAGCAAAUUAUCAGAAGAUUUGAUUAAGGCGAGACAAGAACUGGUGCAAUGUAGAGAAUUGUUGAAAACAUUGGAAGGCAAAAUGAUUCUUUCUGUGGAGGAUGACCUAAAUGAGAAAAAAUGCGGCAGGGAAAUUUGUAAAGAAUCAGAACUUGUGGACAAAGGAAGAAAUAUUGAUAAUGCCGCAGAUGAAAAUGAACUUCACAAGCAACUACUGCUUAUUUCCGAAGAACGCGAUAGCUUACUUUCUAAAAUGGAACAGAUGAGUUUAGCCAUCAGUGAAUUAGAAGUUUUAAAGGAGGUUUCUAAUAAUAAGCUAAUACAGGCCAAAGCUAAUAUGGAUGAGUUGAGCUGUCAGAUAUCUACCAUGGAAGUCAAGAUGAAACACGACGCUUCGACUUUUAACAAAGAGAAGACGAAGCUUCGUAUGCAAAUUCGGUGGCUGCAACCAGAGCUCGACGCGAAUCGUGGAAGGCUUAAAGAAGCGGUAGAAGAGAGGAGGCUGAUGGAUAAGAAGUAUCAGGAAGCAACCGCCAAACUGAAGAAGGAGCUGAAAGAAACGUGCCAAAAGGUUCUGAAGCUCAGGGAAGAGCUCAAAAAAUCUCAAGGCACAUCAAACGGAAGCAGCAACGUUUCUUCCACGCAGUUAACGUAGCGAAACUACUGCAUUCGUGUGUUUAGGGCAGUGAAACAUUGUGUCGAUGCUGGUCUGGCUCUUCCAGACCUGUGCCUGAGUAUAUGCAUCUUUAGGGUGUCAGGUGCUACAGAGUCUUGCAUAUAAUCAUGGAUCGCUGAUGCCUCGUGCUGUUAACUUCAUUAGUAAUUCCACUCUGAAGUUGUAAAUAUAUU